UUAUUAUUAAUUUGAUUUUGUUUUUGCGAGUUAACAACAAAAAUAUUCGCUUACACAUACACACACACAUAUACAUUUUCCAAUUCAAAUUACGCAUUUUUGUUAGCCAUGCCCUGCCGGACAAAUGCGGGGAGUUGCGAAAAUCACGGCGAUGUUACGUCGGCAAAGGACACGUCCAAUCAGUUGGUCAUAGACCUGGAUGGUGACAAGGGCGACAAUCCAGCAAUCGAAUUGAAUCACUGUUUUCUAACUGACGUGGAAGUUAGCCACAAGCAGAUUACCGAUCGAUUUGUAGAGCUGCUCAAUCUAUUUGAUAGCUACACCCAAAUCGUCGUUGACGAGCAGAAUUCGAAUAACAAUGUCAAGCCAAUAGCUUUACGACGAUCCCAAUCCGAACUAAUGAAGCGUAGGGACAACCAACAUGAAGAUCUUACCAAAACAUCGGCAAGUCUUGGCAAUAUAAAGCUGUCCGAUUUAACGUUGAUGCCGGCGAAGAAAUCAACAUGUGAGGUGAGCAUACAGACCUCCCGAAGUCUGCUCAAAGAAAAGCUCAUGAAACUGAAACCGAAAUGGACCGAAAAACUGCAACAGCCGAAUGUUCAAGGAUACUUCAUUCCUAAACCCCAGCACACACUGCACAUUGAGGUCGAGUCGGUGAGCUCAGCGACGGAGUUUCAACGUGCCCGACUUCGUGUUCGCCUUUGGAAGGUGAUUACAGAUAUGAUUCAAACAAUGUUUGAAUGCUUUUACAUGAUCGGCGACAACUUCACUUACGUCCUUUUCGUCUUCUUCUGUAUGUGGUGUGUGUAUCUCCUUAUAGAGCAUUACUACAGGUUUCUACAGGGCAAUGUUAAUCAGAAUGCGGAGCUUAAACGCAGGCUGGCUACCAUGUCCAUGCAAAUGAAAUGAAGCGUGGAAGUCAAUACUUUAAAGUUUAAACAAAUAAAAUAUGAAGCCAAAUAUAU